AGCGACUUGUGGCAGAGCAACUGCAAAUCACAGCACUGAAGUACCUGCCCCAAUGAGGUCAGGUGGAGGUUUUGGGUUUGUAUAUUAAUCACCAGAAAUCGUUGACAAGCUUUCAGCUGAUCAGGCAGUCCCUGCAUGGGCUGGCCAGAUGGUGGGACUUUUGCCUAGAAGCUCCCAAAAUCACAUAGAGAGAAAAAUGCAAAAUCGAGCCUUAUGGCAGGCCUUGGAGUUUGGCGUUUCCAGCAAGAGCACUGAAGGUUUUUCUGGGUGGAAGAGGAGUCAGCGUCAGAAUGUGCACAGGGCAAAAAGCCUACACAGUUCUGUGCUUUGUUCUUCUCUGCCAGGCAUGUACAGUGACAUUGGUCUGAGUUCAGGUCCACGACCUUUAGGCUUCACAUCUCUCCAUCAGUGUUAACUGUUGUUCUAAAUCAGAAUCAAACCUGAGCAUUUCAGAGUAAAAUGAAAUUCACCCUUUUUGCGUGGGCUUCCGAGGCACACGUGGGCAGGGAGAAGAAACAUCAGGAAGGGCUGAAAACAUGCAUGAUGAAACUUCUUUAUUGCUCUGUCACAGAUAUUUCCUUCUUAGUUUUCAUACCAACGCACGCCAGAAGACGUAAAGGUAAAUGGCAGGGUGUAUCACUACUUUAAAAGUCUACUGCGGCCUCAAACUCCUUCUUGAGUAGGAGACGACGGUUGUAUUAUAAUGGCUAGGGUUCCUGCUAAGCAUUCCGUCAGUGCCUCUGAGUGUCCUUUUGUAUUAAAAGAGAGACCGCCAAGCUUGAUGCGUACAGCUCGAAAGCCCGGGCCGCCGGGAGCGAGCGCGGCCGUCAGCCGGCUGCGGUGGCGUCGCGGCGCCUCCGGGUGCCGCUGUUGGCCGAGGCGGAGCGGCGCUGGAGCCGCAGCCGGAGCCGCAGCCGCAGCCGCAGCCGCCGCAGCGUCCUGCCCCCGCAGGCUGCUCGCUCGCACGGCGCCGGCCAGAGCGGCAGCGGCACGGGCAGCAGAGGCGAGAGGCGGCGCGGCGCGGGGAGCAGCGGCGUCCGAGCCGGCGCCGAGAUCGCUGCCCUCCGGCGGGCCCUGCGCUCGCUGCGGAGAGUGGCUGGAAGGGAGGCAGGGCAGCGGCAGGAGGGAGGAGCGCGGCGAGCGCUGCCCACAAUGGCGGGCAGGCAGAGGCAGAGGCAGAGGCAGAGCCGGCGGCGAGCAGCCGGGCGAGUGCUGCUGCCCGCUUUGCUGCUGGGCUUGUGCUGCCGGGCGGCGCCGGAGCGGGUCCGCUACGCCAUCCCCGAGGAGCUGGGCAGAGGCUCGCUGGUGGGGCCGCUGGCGCGGGACCUGGGGCUGAGCCCGGCCGACCUGCCGGCACGCCAGCUGCGGCUCAGCGCCGAGAAGCAGUACUUCGGCGUGAGCGGGGAGACCGGGAACCUCUACGUGAGCGAGAGGCUGGACCGGGAGGAGAUGUGCGGCGAGGCGGCGUCCUGCUUCGUCAGCUUCGAGGCGCUGGUGCAGAACCCGCUCAACGUUUUCCACGUCGAGGUGGCCAUCCAGGACAUCAACGACAACGCCCCGCGCUUCCUGCAAGACAGUUUCCAGCUGGAGAUCAACGAGUUGACUUUUCCCGGCACCCGGUUUGCCUUGGGCACGGCCGAGGACGCAGACGUGGGCAGCAACUCGCUGCAGGGCUACGAGCUGGAGGCCAACGGGUACUUCGCGGUGGAGGUGAAGGAGAGCCAGGACGGCAGCAAGUUCGCGGAGCUGGUGCUGCGGCGCGCGCUGGACCGGGAGAGCGAGCAGAGCCUGCGGCUGGUGCUGACGGCGCUGGACGGCGGCGAGCCGCCCCGGAGCGGCACCGCCCAGCUCUGCAUCAACGUCACCGACGCCAACGACAACCCACCCGUGUUCGCGCAGGACCGCUACCGCGCCAGCCUGAGGGAAGACGCGCCGCCGGGCUCGUUGGUGCUGAACGUCUCCGCCUCCGACGCCGACGCCGGCACCAACGCCCGCAUCACCUACGGCUUUGGGAAAAUGCCGGCCAAGGUGCUCCAGAAAUUCGUGGUGGACGCGGAGAGCGGGACGAUCACGCUGCAGGAGGCGCUGGACUUCGAGGACACGCGAGGCUACACGCUGCUGGUGGAGGCGAGGGACGGGGGCGGUCUGGUGGCGCACUGCGAAGUGGAGGUGGAGGUGCUGGACGUGAACGACAACGCGCCCGAGGUGACACUGACGUCGGUGUCGAGCCCGGUGCCCGAGGACGCGCCGGCCGGCACGGUGGUGGCCCUGGUGAAAGUGCGGGACCGGGACUCCGGGGAGAACGGGCAGGUGUCGUGCGAGCUGUCGGGCGAGGCGCCGCUGUCGAUCGUGGCGUCGUCGGGCGGCUCGUACAAGGUGGUGACGGCGAGCGCGCUGGACCGGGAGCAGGCGCCCGAGCACCGGGUGGCGGUGGUGGCCAGGGACCGGGGCAGCCCGGCGCUCUCCAGCCGCGCGGCGCUGGUGCUGGAGGUGUCGGACGUGAACGACAACGCGCCGGUGUUCGAGGAGGCCGCCUACAGCGCCUACGUGGCGGAGAACAACGCGGCGGGCGCGCCGGUGCUGCGCGUGCGCGCGCGGGACGCGGACGCGGGCGCCAACGGGCGCGUCAGCUACUGGCUGGCGGGCGGCAGCGCGGGCGCGGCGCCGUACGUGUCGGUGGAGGCGCGGAGCGGCGCGGUGUACGCGCAGCGCUCCUUCGACUACGAGCAGUGCCGCGAGUUCGCGGUGGCGGUGCGGGCGCAGGACGGCGGGGCGCCGGCGCGGAGCUCGACGGCGACGGUGCGCGUCUUCGUGCUGGACCGCAACGACAACGCGCCGCGGGUGCUGUGGCCGGCGGCGGGCGCGGGCGCGGGGGCGGGGCGCGGGGGCGGGGGCGGCCCCGGCCGCGGCCCCGUUCGAGGUGUGCCGCGGUCGGCCGAGGCCGGGUACCUGGUGGCCAAGGUGGUGGCGGUGGACGCGGACGCGGGGCGCAACGCGUGGCUGUCGUACGAGCUGGUGCAGGCGCCGGAGCCGGCGCUGUUCCGCGUGGGGCUGCACAGCGGCGAGGUGCGGACGGCGCGGGCCGUGUCGGAGAGGGACGCGGCGAAGCAGCGGCUGGUGGCCGUGGUGAAGGACCACGGGCAGCCGGCGCUGUCGGCCACGGCCACGCUGCACGUGGUGCUGGCCGAGAGCUUGCAGGAGGCGCUGCCGGAGCUGAGCGAGCGGGCGGCGGGCGCCGACUCGCCGGCGGAGCUGCAGUUCUACCUGGUGCUGGCGCUGGCGCUCCUCUCCGCCCUCUUCCUGCUGAGCGUGGCGCUGGCCGUGCUGGCGCGGGUGCGCCGGGCCGGCCCGCCCGCCGUCCUGCGCUGCCUGGGCGCGCAGCGCUUCUCCGUGGCCGGCGCCGCCUUCCCGGCCGACUUCUGCGAGGGCACCUUGCCCUACUCCUACAACCUGUGCGUGGCGCCGGGCCGCGCCGUCGCCGAGGGCGCUUGGCUGCCGCCGCCGCCGCCCAGCCUGGCCGCGGAGGAGCUUCUCGGCGCGGAGCCCUGCGGGAAGCGGAGCCCGACCAGCAGCGCCGGCGCGGGAGAGCCGCCCGCGGACGCCGAGGCCCCGCAGGUCUGUAAGCCCGCGCAGUCCUUGCCUCUGCGCCUUUCCUAAGCUCACGCCGAGGGGAGUGGGC